UUGUUUGAUCAAGAUGGACUGUGUUUUAAUAAUAUUUGUUUUGGCAGGUCGCCGCCAUGUUAUACACUGAAUCGUUUCGCUUAUCAGCUAGUAAAGCCGUCUUCGUAUGUCUGCAGCCAGUGUAGCCAUAACGUUAGCUCUACUGCCACUUGGCAACAAGUCGGAAGGGCUAUGAGUUUAGCGAUAGGUUGCUAGUUGUAAUGUUAUCUAUCUAGUAAGUGCACUACGAUGGAUAUGUAAUGUUUUAAACUUUUAAUGCAACAUUCACCAACUAGAAUUACUCAUAACCCCCAAGUGCAUCGAGGUAGUUUGAUAGCCAGUUCAUCACUAUUUGUGAGUUUUUCUAAUGGGUUAGCAGUGCCCUUUGCACUAGCUUGCCAACACGUCAGCUAACGACGCCAGCUAUGAACGGAAGACGGAUGCAGGCUAAUGUACUAUGUAGCUAGACAACAUUGCACUAAAGUGUAGAGGUUUUCCAUUCUGGGACUGCUGAGAUAAAACCCAGGCUUAAACGUGGGACAGCAUUGGGUCUGAGAAGAGAUGGGACUUAUAGUAUCCCGGUGGAGGGCUAAGCCCACCACUGUUGAAGUUUUGGAAGGCAUUGAUAAGGAUAUGCAGGCCCUUGAAGAGUACGGAGAAAAGAAUCAGAGACAGUUGAAGUUAUGGGUGGCGAGACUACUCAUGUACUCGACCCUCCUCUACCUCAUCAGUUCUGUAGUUGUGUAUGUGUGGUACCUCCCAGAGCAGAUGGUGGGAAGACUGAUCCUGGUUCUGCCAUUUCUAGUGUUUCCACUAUUAGUAUGGUUCCUGAGGAAACUCAUGAUCGCCUUGUUUUCUAAAAGCACAGAACGAAAUAAUGAAAAAUUAGAAGACCUUAAAUCACAAAAAAGAAAAAUACUUGAACAGGUGAUGGAAACAGAAACCUACAAAAAUGCUAAACUGAUUCUGGAAAGGUUUGAUCCGGAGUCAAAGAAGAAAAUAGAGCUGGAAUCCACACCCCUUCGGCCACCAAUGACUCCAAGAAUAGGCCAAGAGCUGCGCCAGAGAAAUGUCACUCCACGUCCAGUGCCUAUGGUGGCCCCCAGCCCUGGUUCCGCCCGCCCCCCUAUUGCACCGCCGGCAAAAUCUUCCGACGCAACCCCCCAUGCUGCCCCUGGAGGGCCCCCAGAGAGGAACCUGUCCGCUAUGGCUCUCCAUCAGAACUUCAUCAGAAGACCCAUGGCCUUUGGAACUCCAGUGCCUGGCAUAGGAAUGCACCCCCCUGGUCCACCCCUGGCCAGACCCAUUCUCCCCCGAGAGAGGGGUGCCAUGGACAGGGUCAUUGAGUACUUUGUUGGGGAUGGUCCACAGAACAGAUAUGCCCUUAUAUGCCAGCAGUGCCUUUCGCAUAACGGCAUGGCAUUAAAAGAGGAAUUUGAAUACAUCGCCUUCCGUUGUGCCUACUGCUAUUUCUUGAACCCGGCGAGGAAGACGCGGCCCCAGGCCCCACGGCUGCUCGAGCCCAUCGCCGAUAAGAGGAUGAGUGCUGACCCCGCCGCGCCCACACCUGCUGCCCCCGCGGCGGAGGCUGACCCUUUCCCUGCUGCCACAGGAGAGGGUGAGGCGGCUCCCGCAGCUGAGUGCGAGGCUCCAGAGUUGGAGGAGCAGCAGCCGGCUGUAGAGGAGUCCGCUGUAGAGGAGUCCGCUGUAGAGGAGCCGGCUGUAGAGGAGUCCGCUGCAGAGGACCCUGCCACAGACACUCCCCAAAGUCUGGAGCCCAAGGAGACCCCGUCAGACAAGUCCGACGAGGAACAGGACGUGUCUGCCAUGGAGGUGGAGUGAAGCGGACGCGAACGAGGAAAGGAAUUUCACACAGUGUUUGAAGAACGCUUAGUCCAAGCAUUUCACCUGCUCUCCUAUUUUGGUGUAGCUGAGUUUUGUUUAAUUUAGUUCUUUCUUUCUUUUGGCUGUUUUCUUUUUUUUUAUGUUCUUAAUGAUGGAUCAUCGAUGCUGUAAAGUGUGAUGGAGAAAGCGGUCACAUUCAUGAAAUGCCAAUGGCGGUGUGAAAAAGGGAUUGUAUGUAAAUAUUCAGUCAUAUUUCAGAUGGCGUUAAUUAAAAUAAAAAGUCUGUUUGAAAUAGUUCAAGUAGCCAAAUCCUCAGUUUCCAUAUUGUUUUACACCUUCUUCUGUCUUCUUUCACGCAAACGAGCACUUGUUAACCCAAGACAUGGACUGAUUUUAAGUUUGUUCACAUCCAGUAGGAAUAAGCACAGUUUUAGCUAUAAGUGAGUUUUUUUUGUUUGUUUGAAAAAAAAUGUCUUGCCAUGUUCACACACUGUUCUGUACCAUGUUUGAAUGUAUUUCUGUGUUCUAGUUUUCAUACAAUAAUGAAAAAAUACAAUUUCUGAUGUAAUUACAUAUUUAUAAUAUUUAUACAAAUAUUUAGGUCUAAGGUACAGUGCCUUUCAAGAAAAGUAUUGAGUUGGUUUUAAAACGGACACCAGCCACAUGUUUACAAUUCUGGUACAGUCAUAGGAAUGUUUAUUUAUUUCAUCCAAGGAAGCUGAACGUACCGCAAUAUACUAAACCAGUGUGCCUUUGUACGUUGCAUUUUACAAGAUAAAGGAAGAUAUGUAAAGUGUGUUAUUUUUUCAAUCUGUAGCCAAUGUGCUCACGAAGACGUAAAUGCCAUAGAUAUGUCAAUAAAGUAUUUUUUAAAAAGCU